UGACACAGUGAGUUGACAAGUUUAUUGUUUAGGUUAUUUUCCUGCCGAAAUAGAUUUUCGGAUUUUUGCAGUUUACUCAUAAUUUUAAAGAAAUUAAACAAUGUCUAAUAUCAAUCUGCAAUGCUUGUUAGGGAUUCAAUGCAAUGAUUUUGUAAUGAUAGCGGCUGAUCAAACUAACAGCCACAGUAUUAUGGUGAUGAAAGAUGAUGAAGAGAAAAUCUAUAAGAUCUCUGAUAGAUUGGUGAUGGGUGUUAUUGGAGAUUCUGGCGAUACAAACCAGUUUGCCGAGUACAUUGCUAAGAACAUUCAGUUGUAUAAAAUGCGCAACGGCUAUGAACUAGGACCCACUGCUGCGGCUAAUUUCACUCGCCGUAACCUUGCAGAGUAUUUGAGAAGCAGUACUCCCUAUUUUGUCAACCUGUUGAUGGGAGGGUAUGACAAGGAAAAUGGUCCGGAACUAUAUUUUAUGGACUACCUGGCAUCCAGUGUGAAAGUGCCUUUCUGUGCGCAUGGCUUUGGUGGAUACCUCAGUUUAAGUAUCAUGGACAGAUAUCACAAGAAGGAUGCAACUGAGGAGGAAGCAUACGAAAUUCUCAAACUGUGUGUGAAGGAAGUCCACAAGAGGUUGUUUGUCAGUCUGCCCAACUUCCAAGUCACAGUGGUCAACAGAGACGGCAUCAAAGUACUACCGCCCAUCAAUUCUGCAUUGGUGAAGUAGUUUUUUUUUAAUAUAAGCAUAAAUAAAGUUUCUUUUAUAUAAA